GACGUUCACGUGUAGGGACAACAGCUGGGGAAUUCAACGCCCUUUAGGUAACUUUAAAAUGAUCCGACUGCACAUGCUCUUUGAAGCUGUGCACCCGAUACGACGGCUCGACUUUACUGCUUAUUCCUCAUUUCAAUUUAUUGUUUGUUUCACAAAAUUUUUGGCAAGUUCCCGUUGGAUUUGAGGUCGCUUGCAUUUUUUUUCCUGGGCUUGGAGGAGAAAAUUGUGUUUCUGAUUAAGUGAAACUCCCGGUUAAGCAUCCACUGGUGAAGAUGAACUGCACAAAGGUGCUGCAGGUGUUUGGUGGGCACACGUAUCACCAACAGGCCAUGCCAGUGGACCUGGCUGUUAAGCUGUGCCUGAGUCAGAGCCCUCCCUUGCGCCGCCUGCUGGCUGUAUCCCCUCUGAAGACCCAGCCACAGUGCUACCCCCCCCAGCAGAGGUGGCGGGAACCUGUGACCGGUCCCCUCCCUUCACGGAAUCAGACAGCGGUCAAGACCCCAGUCAGCAUCAUCAGAACGAGCGGGGGAAGCAUGAGGAAGAAGAACGUGGUGUUCGCCGACGCUCUGGGACUGUCGCUGACGGCGAUACGCUUCUUCGAGACGGAGGAUGACGUGAAUCCCUCUCUGCGAGACUUUGGUGUUGUUGCAAAGCCCUUGGGGUGCACUGACAGGGCUUCCGUGCCCGGCUCUGUGGACCAGAGAGCCUGCCACCUGCAGCUGGGUUUCCCUCAGCCCUGGACGGAUUUCCCAGCUUUCCAUGCGCGCUUGGCCGGAGGCAUGGUCCACCUGGAGAGCUGCAGCGUGACGCCGCGAGGGAUUAGCGGCACGGUGCGGGUGAGGAACACCAGCUUUGAGAAGGCCGUGCACAUCCGCAUCACCUUUGACUCCUGGUGCAGCUAUCAUGACGUUCCCUGCACCUACCUGCAACAGCGUGCUGGAGCUGGCGGAGAAACUGACAUCUUUGCCUUUGACAUCCAUCUACCUCACAAGCUUGACCCUGAGAAGUGCAUCGAAUUUUGUGUCUCCUAUCGCUCCGCUGCUUUUGCCGAGCCCCUGUGGGACAAUAACAGGGGACAGAAUUACCGUGUCUUUGUCUGCGUAGACCCUGAGGCAGUCUACUGGGCCUCUGCGCGGCAGCCUAAUUAUGUUAGAAAACCACUGCACGAUGGCUCAUGGUGUCACCAGCCGAAUGGCACCCAGAAUGGGCUGAACUGCUCAUUUGAUAGCUACCCAGCCAUCCAGAGCUGGAGUGGCCUGCAGCACAUCCUGCCCUUCUGCUAGCAUGACUGACCCUUAUUGAGAGCUCCUGUAAAGCAGCCGUCCUUCACCAUGGAUUCCAGGUUCCUGGAGGACAAUCCUUUACUGAUUUUACUGGUGCUUUUGUGACCACGGUCAGUUAAAGCUAGUUCUCCUUUCAAUGCGAGUUUGCACUUUUGGUUAAUAUGAAGGUCUGAGUCUUAUUACAGUUGAUCAUUUCUGUUUACAUCUGAGAUGCACGGUCAUGAGAUUCCUCAUGAUAGGUGUCCAUCACUUGCGUUACUCUGCUUAAAACCACCCCAAAGUUUGACUGAACUGGUGUUGUGGUUCUGUCUUGUGGUUUUGAUGCAGGAUUUCAUCGGGUGAUGAAUUACUCUAAAUUGGUCUUCAACCACUUCAGAGUAUGUAUGACUUUAAUGAAACUUUCUACAGCAUUAUUAUGAAUGUGAAUUUUUAAAUGUUUAGCUAUUUAUGAGUGAACCUGUUGUGAAUUAAAUGUUUUGACUCUUUCAA